AUGCCAAACACCCUGGCUGAGGUCAGACAUGAGUUGCAGGAUUCACGCCUGCGAUCCUCCCUCCUACUCUCAAUACUCAGCCAAGCCAUUGAAGAGGAGAAAGCUGAAGCCGUGCGAGCCGCGGCCAUCCGAUCUCUCGCAUGUGCAGUCACUCUAAUGGAAGAUCCGGAUAAGCUGGGCCAGCUGGCGUGUACACUGGAACGCAUCCUGAAACAACACCCACCGAAUGAGAACACCCUCGUUGGACUGCCCGACUUCCGUCUUCAAAAUUCUUCUGGGGCUGUUAGUGCGUCUUUGGAGGUGUGGAAGGCAGGCGAUGGAGUUCUUGGCGAACAGAAUGGCUUUGAGGUGACAUGCGACUGGUUGCUCCCCGCUGUAGCCCAGUGGUGUUUGGAGGAGGACAAACUGAAUGAUCUUCUCGUAGGACCAUGGCUUGAUCGCCUGAAUUCGCUCGGUCUGGUAAGUACUCUCUCUGUAAGCCCUCUUAUACUGAAGCUCGGAUCAGCCAAGAUAAAGUAA